CAACGCUCCAUGAUCUCCCCUGCAUUUCUUACAAAUUUCCCACUCUGUUCCUUUCCUUCACCCCUUCCGCCCCCGGUGCUGCGAGGUGCUGCUCUGUUUCCCGCUGCACCAGAUCCGAUUCCUCCAACUCAUGGCCUCUGUAGCCCUCACCACUGCCACCGGCACCACCUCCUUCCCCGCCCUUCCAUCUCUCCGAUUGCGAUCCCCUAACCCCAUUCCUUCGAGAACUUCGCGGCUAUGCUGUUCGGCUUCAGGUUCCCUGCACUCUUUCAAUUUCAAAGGACUCAAACAGAACUCUUUUUCAUCUAUUCCACCCCCGAGACUCUCUAAGUCUGGUUUCAAUGUCAAACCCCAUUGGAAAUACCCUUCUGUUAAAGCCUCCGCUUCGGGCGCUUCUCUCGCUUCGUCUCCACCUCCGGCUCCGACGCCUCAGCCGUGGCGCGGCGCGGCCAUCAAGCCUUUAUUAGCCUCUAUAGCGACUGGGGUUCUCAUCUGGUUCGCUCCCGUGCCUGCUGGAGUCUCAAAAAACGCGUGGCAACUGUUGGCUAUAUUCUUGGGCACCAUCGUUGGCAUUAUUUCUCAGCCAUUGCCGCUGGGAGCUGUGGCUAUACUGGGUUUGGGCGUUUCUGUGCUGACUAAAACCCUGACGUUUGCUGCAGCAUUUUCAGGGUUUGGUGAUCCCAUCCCGUGGCUCAUUUGCCUGGCCUUCUUCUUUGCCAGAGGGUUCAUUAAGACAGGUCUUGGCAACCGGAUCGCCUAUCAAUUUGUAUCUCUUUUUGGUAGCUCAUCCUUAGGGCUAGGAUAUAGUUUAGUUUUUAGCGAGGCCUUGUUGGCACCGGCGAUUCCUUCGGUUUCGGCUAGAGCAGGUGGAAUAUUUCUCCCGUUGGUGAAGUCCCUAUGUGUCGCUUGUGGUAGUAACGCGGGCGAUGGAACUGAAGAUAGACUUGGGUCUUGGCUAAUGCUGACGUGCUUUCAGACUUCGGUGAUUUCAUCGGCAAUGUUCUUGACAGCAAUGGCAGCAAAUCCCCUGUGCGCCACUCUGACUGCCAAUUCUAUUAACCAGACAAUUGGGUGGUUGGACUGGGCGAAAGCUGCGAUUGUCCCCGGUUUGGUGUCAUUGGUACUGGUACCAUUGAUUUUAUAUGUGAUUUACCCACCAACAGUAAAGGCCAGCCCAGAUGCGCCCAAGCUUGCUCGGGAGAAGUUGCAGCAGAUGGGACCAAUGACUACUGAAGAGAAGACAAUGGCUAUCACUCUGUUUCUUACGGUGGGGCUUUGGAUUUUUGGAGCGGCUCUCAAAGUAGAUGCUGUGUCUGCUGCCAUUCUUGGAUUAUCUGUACUUCUUGUUACGGGUGUUGUUACAUGGAAAGAGUGUUUGGCUGAGGGUGUUGCUUGGGAUACCCUCACGUGGUUUGCUGCCCUCAUAGCAAUGGCUGGGUAUCUGAACAAAUAUGGGCUUAUUUCCUGGUUCAGUCAAACUGUAGUCAAGUUUGUUGGUGGAUUGGGUCUCUCUUGGCAGCUAUCAUUUGGCAUUCUGGUUCUUUUGUACUUCUACUCACAUUACUUCUUUGCAAGUGGAGCAGCCCAUAUUGGUGCCAUGUUUACAGCCUUCUUGUCAGUUGCUUCUGCUCUGGGCACUCCACCAUACUUCGGAGCCAUGGUGCUGUCUUUCCUAUCCAACCUCAUGGGUGGCCUCACACACUAUGGGAUUGGGUCAGCACCUGUAUUUUUUGGAGCCAAUUAUGUUCCUCUUGCCAAAUGGUGGGGUUAUGGUUUCCUUAUGAGUAUUGUUAACAUUAUUAUCUGGCUUGGGGUUGGAGGAGUUUGGUGGAAGGCCAUUGGUUUAUGGUAAAGGGCUGUUUGAUGACCCAAAUUUUCUAGUUUACAAUUUCUGUACACAUUGAGGUGCAUUCUCUUGUUGCCGUUAACAGCUGAAGCAAGCUGUUAACCUUCACGAUUCUUUUUAGAAAUAAUCUUCAGGUGAUUCUGAUGGAGAUUUAGGUUGGGAAUUAGAAUACAAUUACUCAAUUUAGAUCUGGAAGUAGAACUUACAUAUAUAAAGUUUAUUUUGGAACGUAAGAGGAGCCUGCUGUUCAGUCGGUAUUCGUGAUAGGGUUUUGGGCUUGAUUACAUUCUUGUUGUGCUCUUGAAUCUAUUUGGCAUUUGUCGUGAAUAAUCAAAAUCAACCAAGGACAUUUGUGUGCUGGUAUUUCCAUCAAGUGGAUUCCCGGCACUUUUUGGAGCAGGGAAAUAAAUGAGCUUACUAUUCGUAA